AUGCUAUCGUGUGAUCCAGGCGACGGCGGCACCGUCGGGAACGUCAGCAACAGCGGUACGGUCAAUCGAACGAUUAUCCUGAUGAGCAAGAGAACCCUGGUGUUCGUGUUCGCCGUGGCUUUUCUCGGAGCGGCUGUGGUGCUGCUGGUGCCAGUUGGCAAUUGUGGUAGGUCCAUGAUGUUGCCGCCGGAACGGCCGACCACUGAGAGCGGGUUCAAGGCUACACUGCCGCUAUCGCAUAAGAAGAGCGACGAGUUCCAAACGAAAGAAGACGGGGAUACCGGAUCAACAACUCAUACACCAGGAACUGAGGGCGGAGGAACACCUUGGAGAGCAUCGAGAGCACUAAAGGAAUGGAAAGCAGUCGUUUCGUCACCGGAAGCCAAACCCAUCGUAAACGUGCGACCGGUUAAACACCGACAUCCACCAGGCAAAGUGGCAAUCUUCGUCUACGAAGGCGUCCCCGAGCUCGACCACACGGAAUUGGUGCAAUGCUACCGAAGUGGCCACCGAGGGGUGGCUCCGUGGCAGGACGAGCGAAACGAUAUGGCCGAGAACAUGGGGGAGAUCUGGAUGCAUCGGUACGUGUGCCCCGCUUUGCAAUUGUUGUGCUGGCAAAGAAAGACUCCGCGUUCGCCCGCCAUCUCUGAAUUUUUCAAUUGUUAG